AGGCAGUUCAGCUCCCUGGUGUGGUGGGGCAAAAUUCUCAAAUCCUUUGCAUCCAAGUGAAGGGUGAAAGAAACCAUUGCAGAGGCCGGCUGUCCUUCUAGAGCACCGCAUGGGCAAGGAUUCCUGUGAAGGAAACGAUCUGAAGCUCCUCAGGAUCUUUCUGAGCUUGCCCAGGAACUUUGAAAGGGUCCUGCAUUUCCACUACCAAGAUGGCUCUGCAAAACUUCACACAACCUCAAUAUCACCCACAGCCCACUGGCCCAAGUGGUGGCCUGCUGGGCUUGUACAGUAUGGUGCACUCCUUCCUAGGGAUGGUACAACCCAACACCUUCCCAGCAGAUCUUCUGACUCGCCUGCUCCAGCGCCAGGUUAAUAUCACAGACCCAGCAGUGUAUAAAGAGAUGUUCGUAUACGAAACAGGCUUCCUCGUUUGCCUUGUCAUUGGUCUUCUUUUCAUCAUCCUUGUGCCCCUGGUGGGUUUGUUCUUCUGCUGCUGCCGCUGCUGUGGGCACUGCGGGGGCUCCAUGUACCAGAAGCAGACGAAAAACACCAAUUGCAAGAGGCGGACAUUAUUUGCAUUCCUGCUAGCUGUCACUACCAUUCUUGUGGCUGGGGAUAUUUGUACGUAUGUCAGCAACCGUCAGAUAUCACAGGGAAUCAGUGGGGGCUUCGUCACUUUGAACAAUACGAUGGACAACCUGUUCAUGUUCCUGAACUCUAUCCCUAAGGAGAUUAAUGACAUCAUUGACUCCAGUUCGGUGCCACUGAAGCAAGCCAAUCAGAGCCUGCAAGAGAUUGGGCAGACUUUGGGAGACAAGAUCAAGAAUCAAAUAGGUGGACAAGUAAAUGAAGCACUGGACGAUGCUGAACAUCUUCUCAAUGUGACUAGCUCUGUGGAAAAAGAGCUCCAGGCAGUCAACGAGUCAACAAAUCACUUGCGGCACCUUCAGGAACAGCUGAGCCGAAACCUGACCGCCUUGAGCACUGAUAUCAACCAGACUUUGAAAGACUGCGGUGUGCCUUGCAAGGAUGUGCCAGUGCGGAACCUGGAGCCUGGGGCCAAUCUCAGUGCGGUUCCGGAUGUCAGCCGCCCACUCCAGCUGCUGACUAAUCUGACAAACUCAAACCCUCAGGACACCAUUGCGAAGGCAAGAAAAGUUCUGGCUGAUAUUCCAAAGAAGGUGUCUGAACAAACAAAAAAGGUGGUGUCUGAAGGAGAGGCUCGCCUCCAUGAAGUCAAGCAAGCAAUUGAAGAUAGCCGUAGCAACUUUUCAACACUAAGCAGAAUGGGGAAUAUCUCUCAGUCCAUGACAGAUGUUGUCACUUGGGCGAGUACCUAUGAGCCAGAUAUUGUCACCUAUGAUAGCUACAGGUGGAUUGCUGGCCUUUGCCUCUGCUCUCUGGUGCUUGUGAUCAUUGUAUUCAACGUGCUGGGCCUGUUGUUUGGGGCACUUGGACUAAACCCGCGAGAGAUGCCUACCAAACGGGGCUGCCUCGCAAACUCUGGUGGAGACUUCCUCAUGGCGAGCGUUGGGUUCAGCUUCAUAUUUUCAUGGCUGCUGAUGCUGCUGGUUGUACUGACAUUUUUAGUUGGGGGAAGUAUGUACACAGCGGUGUGUCGGCCGUGGGCCGAUGGGCGUCUCCUUCAGUUUCUGGACACACCAGGGUUGUUCCCUGAUUUCAACCUGACACGGCUCUUGCAUUUGAAGAGUUCUGAUGUGAACCUCUCCAGCCUGUACAAGAACUGUGAAAACAAUGCCCCCUUGUGGAGCACCCUUCACCUGGGUGAGGUCAUCCCUCUGGAUGAGAUCCUAAACACCAGCAAGUACACUGGUAACAUUGAUGCAGCCUUAAAAAAAAUAAACAUCAGUUUGGGCUCCACUGACCUCCUGAAGGAUGAGCAGAAGCGUCACCUGCAGGAACUGGGCUCAAAGGAUGGGCUGAACCUGGAUUUUGACAGUGCACUGAAACAAAUCAACCAGAAUGUGACAAAACAAGACCUGUCUUCAUUGGCAGCGCAACUAAAUAAAUUGGCAGAAAACACAGCAAUUGAUGAGAAAACUCGGAGCGAGUUUCAACUGGAGGCCAGUGAGCUGAGGAAGCUCCAGAAUUGGGUCAAUGACCAGUUUCCUCCUCAGAUGCACAUCCUGAGAAGCAGCAUUCAAAAACUACAGAAGUCUGUCCCUCAGAUUCCGGUGACAGCGAACGCCACGUUGUCAAAAAUAGAAGACGCUCAGAUAUUUAUGAAGUCGCGGGUGCAGGACGUUGUCAAAAAUGAGACUUCAGCUUUCGUGAAAACUCUGCUGGGUUUAUUUGAAUCAUAUAUAGACUGGGCAAAGAGUACCAUCAAAGAGCAAGUGGGCCGCUGUGGCCCUGCAGCCUGGGCACUGGACAGUGUGAAUACCGUGGUCUGCAGCUGCGUUGUCAAUUCAUUGAACGCCUUCUGGUUCAGUCUAGGCUGGUGCACCGUCUUUCUGCUGCUGAGCAUCAUCUUGGCCGUGCGGCUUGCCAAGUUUUAUCGCAGAAUGCACAUGGAUGACAUCUACACGGAUGGUGCCAUGGAAAACAUGGAACUAUCAAGGCCACCACAUAUGUUCAAAAUGCCCCGAGCAGAGCUGAGGAACUAGCAAUUACCUUGCCAAUUACCUUGCCACCUAUCCUUCUUGAGCAACAUUGAGGAUGACACAUGAAUGUCUGCAGAACUGCUUUGCUUCUCUUCCCAACGCGGAGCAUAAGGAUAACCACUCAGAAGCAAAUUCUCCCUGGCCAAGUUGGCUUAUCCUGCGAAUGACACCAUUAGGGGUAACUGCAAGACAUGUUACACAACAGCAGGCCUAGCUGUGUUCCCAAUAC